AUAAAAACUUAAACAUUUACAAGACUGAGAUCAUCGUUUUCAUUCCCGGGGUUGAUGCAGAAUUCAUUGCGAAAAAACAUCUGGGAAUAAUGCAGCUCUUUAUGUAGUCUUCUCGUCCUUAAUACGCACAUGAUGCCAGGUAAACGAAAGAGAACUUCGACGACUGGAAAUGAGAGGCAGAGUGAAGAAAGGGAAGAGUCGCCUGCCCCUACUGCAGUGAAACGCAAACGCAAGGCUCAGUAUGACCCGGUUGAGAUUUGUCAGGAGCUUUAUGACACAAUACGCACAUACAAGAAUGAGGAAGGGAGACUGAUCUGUGAGACUUUCAUCAGGGCCCCACAGCGAAGGGCUGCAGCUGAUUACUAUGAAGUGGUGACAACACCAAUUGACCUCCGUAAAAUUCAACAGAAAUUCAAAAUGGAAGAAUAUGAGGAUAUUGACCAGCUGACCACUGAUGUAGAACUGUUGGUCAGCAAUGCCAAGCUUUAUUACAAGAAAUCGUCUCAGGAGUACAAGGAUGCAGUAGAGCUACUCGAGAUCUACAACGAGACCAAGAACGACUUGUUAAACGACGCAUUCGGAGAAACAGAACAACCAAGGGUUGAACGUCGCCGCAGUGCCAGACAGGCUGCACAUGAUGUGGAAGAGGAGGAGGAGGAAGAAGAGUUGCCCACAGAGAAACAGAGAGAAGAUGUAAAGGACGACCCACAAGAAAUCGAGGAACUGUUCGCUGCUGCCAUGAAUGCUAAAGAUGGGGAGAGGGAUAUCAGCCUGGUGUUCCAACUGCUGCCUCAGAGAUCUAAAUAUCCCGAGUAUUACCGGAUCAUCAAGAACCCCAUUGACAUGAAGAUGAUUGCCCAGAAAAUUCAGGGGAAUAUGUACAACACACUGGAGGAGAUCGAGAAAGACUUCUUACUGAUGGUCAAAAACGCGAGGACAUUUAAUGAACCUAAGUCUGUCAUCUACAAGGAUGCAGUAGAGAUGAAGAGAAUUGUACAAAAGAAGAAACAAGAAAUCAUUCAGAGAAAGAGCAUGGUGCCCAAACCUCCCGAGAGAGUUAGAACUCGAAACCUUCAGAAGAUGUCCACAAUUUGUGCAGCCCUGAAAUAUCCAUCGGACGAGGAGGAGGAUUUUGAGGCUUCACUAGAUGCCAGUCUUCUGGAUUACGAUGAUGAUUCCGGAGCAGAGACAAUAAUGUCGGAGGAUGACAGCUUAAAUGUUGUGCUUCUUAAUGCCGUGAAGAACUACAAACUGCCAUCAGGGGAGACAAUCUUCGAACCGUUCGUAAAGCUGCCCAGUAAAAGGUUUUAUCCAGAUUAUUAUGAAGAGAUUGCGAAGCCCAUGUCUCUGUCCAAUGUCCGCAAAAAGAUCAAGUUUAACCAGUACAGAAAUCUGGACCAAGUGGCCGCUGACCUCAAUCAGGUGUUUGACAACGCUAAACAGUACAAUGCCGAUGAUUCUUUACUGUACCAGCAUGCUGUGAUGCUACAGAAGACAAUGAAUGACAAAAAAAGAGAGUUGGACCGACUGGAAAGCAACAAGGAUUUGGGCCUGGAUGAUUUGUCUCCCUCUCAGUUUGACCUGCCAGUGAUGAAGAUUUCUCGUGAGUUUUUCGAUGAGGAUAGCCAAGCGAGCUCAUCUAGUAAACACCGGAGGAGUGCCGGGCUGUCAGACAGCGACAAAAAGAGAGCCAAGCGGGCGACACCAGAGGAAAUGAUGAAACGGAGGCUGUGGACCCUGUACAGAUCCGUAUUCGAUGCCAUGGACCAAGACGGCAGACCACUACGAUACAUAUUCAUGCAGCUACCAUUGAAACGUGACUAUCCAGAUUAUUAUCAAGUCAUCGCAAACCCCAUCGACUUGUCCAUGAUCGAGGCUAAGCUCAGAGCAGACAAGUACCCUAGUGAGCAACACAUCAUCACAGACUUUGAGCGACUCUUUAACAACGCCCGUUUGUAUAAUGAGGAGGAUUCCCAGGUUUAUCAGGAUGCUGAGCAGCUAGAACGAGUCCUGAAGACGAAAUGGAAACAGAUCUGUCAUGUGAUCGAGUCUCGUCGAGCGGCGCUUAGCAAAAGGUACCAUCGCCUGAAGGCCAAAUCUCAGACUCUGUUACCGGUCCGACUCCAGGAAAUGUAUGAUGCUGUCAGUAACUACCAGGACCCCAAAGGUCGUGAACUCGCUGUACCAUUCCUGAAACUGCCACUGAAAACCGACUACCCAGAUUACUAUGAGGUAAUUAAGAAACCGGUGGACAUGCAGAAAAUCCUCCUCAAGAUGCAGCAGAAUCAAUACGAGUCGAUCGAGGACAUGACGGCAGAUUUUGUACAGAUGUUUGAUAAUGCCUGUAAAUAUAACGAGCCGGACUCCCUCAUCUACAAGGAUGCACUGACAUUACAGCGUCUCGUUCUUGAAAAGAAAAUGGAAUUGGCUGAUGAUGGAACAAAUGACGUUCCAGAUGUCAGGGCCUUAGUGAUGGAGAUGAUGACCAAUUUAUUUAUAUCUACAUAUAAUCACCAGGAUGAAGAAGGUCGUUGCUAUAGUGACUCGUUUGCAGAACUUCCAGAAAGAGACCCGGACGAGGAUUUAGAAACCUCAAAGAAGAAAGAGAAGCCAUUGUCCUUUGAUCAGAUUAAAAGAAAUGUUGAAAAGGCUCGCUAUGUUAGGAUGGACAGGUUCCAGGAAGACAUGUUUAAUGUAUUUGAGCGUGCUCGCAGACUCAGUAGGACAGACUCGCAGCUUUAUGAGGAUGCAGUGGAGAUGCAGAUGUUUUUCAUCAAGAAGCGAGAUGAAAUUUGUCGUAACGGAGAGCGACUUCUGACUCCCGCACUCAGCUAUCAGGAGAAACAUCUGACUGCCGCUCUAGAAUUCGAAAAGCAGACCAAGUUUGAACAGGAACAGAAAGAAGACGAAGGCAAACAAUCUAAGCGGGAGUCUGAGGAGCGGAUCCUAGAUUCUGGCUGUACAGAGAAAGAUGGAGAGGACUGCUUCAAGUACAAGGAUGAAACGUUCCGAGUGGGCGACUUUGUCUACAUAGAACCCAGGGAGAAAGGAUUGGAACCUCACAUCAUGUGUAUCGAGAAGAUGUACACAGACAGUAACGCACAACAACAGCUUCACGGGAACUGGUUCUACCGACCAAACGAGACCUUUCACCUGGCCAGCCGGAAAUUCCUAGAGAAGGAGGUGUUUAAGAGUGAUUUCUACACCAGUAUUCAGCUGACGCAAGUGAUCGGAAAAUGUUACGUCAUGUACGUCAAAGAAUACUUCAAGUCGAAACCCGAGGGGUUUGAUAAUAAGGAUGUCUUCGUGUGUGAAUCGAGAUACAGCAACCGGCACAAGUCAUUCAAGAAAAUAAAGGUGUGGCAGAUUCCUGCUGCUGAACCUGUUCCCCACACUCCAAGGGAAAUCCCCCUGGUUCCGGUGCGCGUGUCCUCGGUCUUUGCUAGCAGGAAGGAAGAGGAAGUGGACGAUGGUGAUAUCAGUAUUCUGGAUAAGGAUCGAAUCGAUGUGCCUGUAGAAAAUUCCAAUCCCGAGGAUGGCUACAGUUACUAUGAACAGCUACGCACACCAUAUGGAACAUUCAAAAUAGGUGACAGUGUGUACCUGAAGAACACAUCAGAACUCCUGGAUAUCAGUAGGAUUGAGAAGAUAUUUGUUAUCAAUAACGAUGCUUAUUUCACGGGUACAGCCUUCGUUCGCCCUGCUGACAUCCCUCACUCUCCGACUCGUCUUUUCUACAGACACGAAUUGUUCCUUAGUUCUCAGGAAACAGUCCACCCAAUAUCUCAGAUCUCAGGCCGGUGCUGUGUGCUUCAUCUCAAAGAAUAUUGCAUUAGUCGAGUAACAGAAAUCUCAGAGGAAGACACGUUCUUGUGUGAAUCUAAGAUACAGGAAAUGGACAAGACGGUCAAACGACUUGGAAAGGGACUCAAGAAGUACAACUUGUCAGGUCUUGUAACGGAUGACGAAGUUUUCUUCUACAAGAAACCCAUAACUCCACAAAAGGAGCCGUCUCCCUUACUUCUGAAGGCGGCGGAUGAAGCAUUUAUGGACGAUUCCCAGGAUUCCACACUGAUGGACACACUAGACGAGAGUACAAACAUGUCGUUUGAUACUGAAGCCAGUCACCAGGGAUUUCCCGAGAUCCCAGUCGUCAAGGCUGUCAAGAAGACAUUCGAGGAUUUCACCCCUGUCCCAGAAAAAUCAUCCAAGAAGGAAGAACAACCAGAAAAAAAGAAAAAGGGAAAGAACUCGAUGAAGCGGCAAAUCAGUGGAUACAUUGUGUAUUCAGGAGAAAUACGGAAAAUUAUCCAACAUGAAAACCCCGAGUGUACUUUUGGUGAAAUCAGCAGGAUAGUCGGGGGCAAGAAAAACAGAAAAUGGCGGCCACCCAGCGGUUAUAUUCUUUUCUCUAAAGAAAGUCGCAGAAUCAUCAACGCCGAGUCGCCAGACAUCUCGUUCGGAGAAAUUAGUCGCUUAGUGGGUGUGCAGUGGCGAAAUUUAAGCAAGGAGGAAAAGGAAAAGUAUGAGGAGCGGGCCAAGAGAGUCGCAGAGGAACAGUUAGCCAAACAGCAGGAGGCAACGAAAGCUCUCAAUGACUCGCUGCAGGGGCAGGGAGCAUGGGACAACACAGGGGGUAAAGGUUCCCCCGCCCAACCCAACCGACCAGGGACACCUGGAAGUAUUCAAGGACAGCACCAAGGUCAUGCCAUCCAAGGACUGCACAAUGGAACACCCAGACUGUCUACGCACAGUGGCAUGUCACCGGGGCGACAAUACAUGCCCCCCUAUCAUGGGGGUGGGACCCCCACAGGGAUGAGAGCGAUGACCGGAGGAUAUCCCAGCACCCCACAAUCCAGCAUGCCAGGUCAACACAUGGGCACCCCACAGGGUAGUAUUCCUCCCUACAGCGUGACCCCCCGGCCCCCUACCCAGGGGGGCGGGGUGGUCCACCCUAACAUGUGCUAUAGCAACUCACCCUCCUCUCUAUCUGCUUCUGGACUGUCAGCGCUGCAGGAAAUGCUUCGCCGACCAUUUAACUCUGCGUCGCCGGGGGUUCCUGUAACAGCGCCAACUUCACUUGAGUUUUACCCCCCUGUAGAGACAGGACAACAGAUGGCGCCACCACCUCCGCCCCCUCCCCCACCCCGACCCCCGUCUCCAAUGUUUGUCAGUGUUCCUCCCCGGACCCACAGGCUGCUUCACUCAGAGGCUUAUCUCAGGUAUAUAGAAGGAUUGCGAUCGGACAAGCUGUUUGUUAGUGAAUGGGACAAGAAUCUCACUGCCAAUGCUGAAAACACAAACACUGACCCAAACAGACUGCCUUCUCAAUGGCUGGCUGAAGGACCAGGUUACCAUGGAAACGUCUCAAAUGCUCUUUGGGCAUUGCGUGAUCUGAUGUUGAAGGACACACUAAACAUCUCGAGGACUCUACCAUUUGAUGCUCUUUAGCUUCGCUGUGGUCAGAUUCGCCUGGUCCAUCAAACUAGUCGUCCAUCCUUCUCAUCAUCCUAAUAUGUGUUCAAAGACUGUGUUCACAUUGUAUAGAGUAAAACGUCCACAAAAUACUCAUAGCAGGGAAGGAGGACUCGUUAGCAUUGUGAGGUCAGAGGUCGGCGGCUCGGAUAUCCGUGGUGGUGUGUGUCGUGAAGGUGUGGAACAUUGUAAAGAUACGCUGAAUGUCAGUUCUGUGUAUUUGUUCUGAUGUUGUGGUGUUUUGUGCAUUUUAAGUUUUUAGUAUGAAUCUUAUAAAACUCAUUUCUCAUUUUCAUAUACCUUUCAUUAUCAGCCAUGAAGAGAAAUGAUACUGAGACGUUGAAUUCUUUCAGAUUCUAUUGUACAUUUAGACAUUACUGUAUUUGCCUUUGUUCUGAUUUUAUUAAAGUCAUUCUUCUAGAAAUAUGACAUAGCAACAGCGGUGCAUAUCUGUUGAUUGUCAGAAUUUUUUAAAUCUACUAGUAUUAAAGUAAUUAAUAUUGCA